AUGUUCUCUGUCAGCAAGCUCUCUCGCGAUGCCAUGCCCCUGAUGCGCCAGGCCUACCUCCGCAUCUCGCCCACUGUCAUGCCGGUCCGUCAUCUGAACCUGCACGAGUACCAGAGCAAGGAUCUCAUGAACGAGUAUGGCAUCAACACCCAGAAGUUCAAGCUCGUCACCUCCGCCGACGGCGCGGCCGAUGUUGCCUCUUCCCUCAACGUCCCGGAGUACGUCAUCAAGGCCCAGGUCCAUGCCGGUGGCCGUGGUAAGGGCACCCUCUCCAGUGGUCUGAAGGGCGGUGUGCACCUGACCCGCGACCCGAAGGUGGCCGAGGACCUGACUCGCCAGAUGCUCGGGUACAACAUCUUCACCCAGCAGACCCCGCCCGAGGGUGUCACCGUCAAGAGCGUCAUGAUUGCCCAGGCUCUGGACAUCGCCCACGAGUCGUACUUCGCCAUCCUCAUGGAUCGCGGCUUCGGUGGCCCGGUGCUGGUGGCCUCCCCCCAGGGCGGCAUGGACAUCGAGGCCGUCGCCGAGGAGACCCCGGAGCUGAUCUACAAGCAGGCGGUCGACAUUUCCAAGGGCCUGGCCCCGGCCGACGUGAUGGACCUCGUGGAGAAGAUGGGCUUCACCGAUGACAAGAGCAAGGCCGAGGCCGCGGACCAGAUCGCCCGCCUGUACAAGCUCUUCAUCGAUGUCGAUGCCACCCAGGUGGAGAUCAACCCCUUCGGCAAGGACACCGAUGGCAACGUGAUCGAGAUACGGUGUCACCUUGCUCAUUGA